CACUGACCAACCAAAUUACUAACACCACGAAAUACAAGAAUUAAAACCACACAGCGCCAGACAGACGACGAUUGCAAAUGAGCGAGAGAGGGGACCCCAAAGACAGGCGCCCAAACUCGGGGCACAAAAACAAACCCGGCCGGGUGACGGGAGGGAGAAGGGCCAGGGUUCAGUCCCGAACAGAAAGGAGCGAAAAAACAAAACAAAAACAAAACAAAAGCAAUCCUCGUUGUACUGAUUCGGUUGAAAUCGCAGACGGGAGGGGGACACAAGACAAGUGUGCUUCUAAAUUGUGAAGUGGUGUGGGGGUGUGCUGGAGGUCGGCUGCCUCCAUUGUGGUGUAGCAUUUGAAUUUUAUUUUUGGAAAAGUGAAGAAAAUCCAGAGUUAGAAAUUCUUCAAUUGCCAGUGCACUGAGGCAACCAUGGAGCAAUAUACAACCACCACCAGCAGCACUGGAGAGCAGAUCAUUGUGCAGACUUCAGCUGGACAGCUUCAGCAGCAGCAGGGAGGGGUGACGGCCGUGCAGCUCCAGAGUGAGGCUCAGGGGGCGUCGGCCUCAGGCCAGCAGGUGCAGACACUCCAGGUAGUCCAGGGUCAGCCCCUGAUGGUCCAAGUCAGUGGAGGUCAGCUGAUCACAUCCUCGGGCCAGCCAAUCAUGGUGCAGGCGGUCCAAGGAGGUCAGGGGCAGACCAUCAUGCAAGUGCCUGUGUCCGGCGCGCAGGGUCUUCAGCAGAUUCAGCUGGUGCAGCCUGGGCAGAUCCAAAUCCAGGGUGGGCAGACGCUCCAAGUCCAGGGGCAGCCGGGUCAGACCCAGCAAAUCAUCAUCCAGCAGCCGCAGACCGCCGUCACGGCUGGGCAGACCCAGGGCCAGCAGAUAACAGUGCAGGGCCAGCAGGUGGCGCAGACUGCUGAGGGGCAGACCAUCGUCUACCAGCCCGUCAAUGCUGACGGCACAAUACUGCAGCAAGGAGGUUUUGGAGGAGGCAUGAUCACCAUCCCAGCUGCCAGCCUUGCUGGUGCCCAGAUUGUCCAGACCGGCGGCAACACCAACACCUCAAACAGCGGGCAAGGCACAGUCACCGUCACGCUGCCCGUGUCCGGCAACGUGGUCAACGCCGGCGGAAUGGUCAUGAUGAUGCCUGGGGGGGGCACUGUGCCCACCAUGCAGAGAAUCCCGCUGCCAGGGGCGGAGCUGCUGGAGGAGGAGCCUCUCUAUGUCAACGCCAAGCAGUACCACCGCAUCUUGAAGAGGAGACAGGCCCGCGCCAAGCUGGAGGCAGAGGGCAAGAUCCCCAAGGAGAGGAGGAAAUACCUGCACGAGUCCCGUCAUCGCCACGCCAUGCAGAGGAAGCGAGGGGACGGGGGGCGCUUCUUCUCCCCCAAGGAGAAGGAGGAGAUGGCGGCUGCAGCGGCGGCGGCAGCAGCAGCGAUGCAUGUGAGAGCAGAGAUGCGCUUUAGGGAAGAGCCAGUGCAGCUCAAUGCAGGGUCACAAUCCGGAUCCACAGAGCAGCGGAACACUGAAACCUUCCUUUUAAUGCAUUAGAAUUCUGGGUAGGAUAGGAGAGAUUUUUAAAGGAGCAGUCUCAGCCAGGUGAUGAGGCGGUGGCUCAGAUGAUCCGGGUGUCCUAAGCCCUGCCCCCAAAUGUGCAUCUCUUAACAAAAGGCUGUGCCAGCCGGGUUCCACACAGCCCUUCCAAACAAACAAAACGUUGUACAGCACUGUCGAUAUCCAGACCUCGUGUUAACUGCUCUGGGAACGCUGCAGUCUUUUUCCAUAGCGUCGAUGGCAAUUAAUCGCCCACCCUAAGCCAUUCUCCGUCCCUACCCUCCCAACAUGCAUGAAAACGUUUAGAGUAUUCUUCACCGUGGCCUCGUCGGGCAAUAAAUUAAUCUUGACCGGUGCUAUUUUGUAAUCCUCCUCAGCUGAGACGACAGGUUGGGUUGGGGAAGGUGUAUCUGUGCUUCCCGAAGCAGUUAACAAACUCGUGGUGUAGCUCAAAAAUUAGAGAGCAAGACUUUGAUCACACUUAGUGGCUGCCGUUUUAUAAGGGUGGGGGGGUGGCAGGGGGGGUGACAAAUAAAAUGCAAUUCUGCAUCCUUUUUAUGUUAGUGUUAGAUAUGAAGUACAGUAAGGGUAGUUUUCUAUGGCCGGUAUACACUUUCAGUCUUCACGCUGCCCUGCCCCAAACAGCAGUGUAGAAGCUAACAUUCAACACCUGGAAAGUAAAUGCAAUGAAAACUGUGGCUUUGCUAUUGAAUGUGGGUCUGGCCAGACAGAUUCACAUGUAAGACUGAGAAGUAUAUAUCUGUGCAGUUUCAGUGAUGUGGACUCCUUGAUGGUUUUAUAGUUACGCCUUUUGCUUUUGUCUGGCUUUGAUCUCGGAGGGGGGUGGGGGGGAUGCAGUUUUAGUCAUAAUAGAUUACUAUAGGAGGGGGGGGGGCUGUAUUAAAAAGCUUGUGAUGUAAACUGACACAGAUCCAUAUAAGAGUAACGCUGCAUCGGUGCUGUGCAGAAGGGUGACGCAUGGUGGUGAAAAUGUAGCUGGUGGUUCAGAUAGGACCCUGGCUAAAUGACUGUUGUUUUCAUGAAGCUGUAUAAAGGGAGAUUUUAAAAAAUCAUUUCAGAGUGGCUCACUGCCGUGAUCCUUGUUGCGUCUGUACAGCACCAAUGCCACUGAAGACAGAUCAAAAGUGUCACCCAGUCGUUGGCAUACACUGCACUUGUAUACCAGUUUUGUUUUCCCAGUAAUAAGCGUUUUUGAAUAUGUUUUAAUGGUCGACCCCCACAAGCCCCUGUGUAUGCAAUACAUACAUUUAUAUACAUAUGUUAAAGUAAUAAUGAUGAUGUGAACAGUGUUUAAUUUAGUGGUCUGGAUUCUGAAUUUGAAAUACUUCAAGGGCUCUUGCAUGUAGUCAGAUGUUGUUGUUUUUUGUUUUGAAAUAGAAGGUACUGUAGGUACUGUCAGCUGUUUUUUUUGUGUGUGAAAAACAAACCAGAAGCUCUUUGUAUAUACAACCAAACAUUUAUAAUUUGUUUAGUUUCCUUCUGUUUUUUAAUUUGUAUGUUCAAGCAUGAACUGUCUGAGAAAGUAAGCUGUAUAGGACAAGUACUGUGUACACCAUUCAGCUAAUAAAAUAUUGGACUUUUAUUUUACAAA